AUGUUGACAUUGAGGGAUGUGGCCAUUGAUUUCUCUGAGGAAGAAUGGAAGUGCCUUGAGCCUGCUCAGCGUGAUUUAUAUAGAGAUGUGAUGUUAGAGAACUACAGAAACCUGGUCUUCCUGGAAUGUAUUUUGGGAGUUUCUUCUCUGCAUGAAUGCAUUCAUGAAAAACGAUUGACAAUUCAUACUCAAGAGAAGGCCUGCAAAUGUAAAGAAUGUGUCAAAGCCAUUAGCCAUUUCUCAACCCUUUCUGAACAUCUGAGAUGGAAUAACAGUGAAAAACUCUACAAAUGUAAAGAAUGUGACAAAGUUGUUUAUCAAAGCUCACUUGAUACUAAACACCAGAGAAUUCAUCCUGGAGAGCGAGACUACUGUUGUAAAGCAUGUGACAAAUCCAAAUCCUUAAAGAAUUCUUCAAACCCUUCUCAAUAUCAAAAGAGUGAUAGUGAAAAUAAGUCCUACAAAUGUAAAGAAUGCAACAAAACCUUUAAUAAAAUCCAAAAUCUUACUCGUCACCAGAAAAUUCAUACUGGACAGAUGCGCUACAAAUGUAAAGAAUGUGAGAAAGAUUUUUAUCAAAAAUCACACCUUGAUGAUCACCAGAGAAGUCAUACUGGAGAAAAGCCCUACAGAUGUGAAGAAUGUGGCAGAGCUUUUUAUCGAAGGUCACACCUUAUUAGCCACCAGAGAAUUCAUACUGGAGAGAAGCCUUACAAAUGUGAAGAAUGUGACAAAGCUUUUUAUCGAAGGUCACAUCUUACUUACCAUCAGAAAAUUCAUACUGGAAAGAAGUCCUACAAAUGUGAAGAAUGGUGCAGAACGUUUAAUGAAAAAACAUCGCUUACUCAACACCAGACUCUGAAUACUGGAGAGAAGCCCUACAAAUGUUUAGAAUGUGAUAGAGCUUUUUUUCAAAGAUCACACCUUGUCAGCCACCAGAGAAUUCAUACUGGAGAGAAGCCCUACAAAUGUGAAGAAUGUGAAAAAGCUUUUUAUCGACGGUCACACCUUGUUAGCCACCAGAGAACUCAUACUGGAGAGAAGCCCUACAGAUGUGAACAAUGUGGCAAAGCUUUUAAUGAAAGAAUAUUACUCACUCAACAUCAGAAUAUCCACACUGGAGAGAAGUCUCACAAAUGUAAAGUAUGUGACAAAGUUUUUUCUCAAAGGUCACACCUUGUUAGCCAUCAGAGAAUUCAUACUGGAGAGAAGCCAUACAAGUGUGAACAAUGUGGCAAAGCUUUUUAUCGACAAUCACACCUUAUUAGCCACCAGAGAAUUCAUACAGGAGAAAAGCCAUACAAAUGUGAAGAAUGUGCCAAAGCUUUUUAUCAAAGAUCACACCUUGUUAACCACCAGAGAAUUCACACUGGACAGAAGCCCUACAAAUGUGAAGAAUGUGGCAAAGCUUUUACUCAAAAAUCACACUUUAGAUGCCAUCAUAGAAUUCAUAGUGGAGAGAAUCCCUACAAAUGUGAAAAGUGUGACAAAGCUUUUAUUGAAACAAAAUCACUUACUCAACAUCAGAGUAUUCAUAGAGGAGAGAAGUCCUACAAAUGUGAAGAAUGUGGCAAAGCUUUUAUUCAAAGAUCACACCUUAUUUGCCACCAGAGAAUCCAUACUGGAGAGAAGCCCUACAAAUGUGAAGAAUGUGGAAAAGCUUUUUAUCGAAGGUCACACCUUGUUUAUCACCAGAGAACUCACACUGGAAAUAAGCCCUACAAAUGUGAACAAUGUGACAAAGCUUUUUAUCAAAGAUCACACCUUGUUGGUCACCAGACUGUGCAUCCUGGAGAGAAGCCCUACAAAUGCAAAGAAUGUGACAAAGCUUUUUWUCAAAGAUCACACCUUGUUAGCCACCAGAGGAUUCAUACUGGAGAGAAGCCCUACAAAUGUGAACAAUGUGGCAAAGCUUUUUAUCGACGAUCACACCUUAUUAGCCACCAAAUAAUUCAUACAGGAGAAAAGCCCUACAAAUGUGAACAAUGUUGCAAAGCAUUUUAUCGAAGAUCAUACCUUAUUUGCCACCAGAGAAUUCAUAGUGGAGAGAAGCCUUACAAGUGUGGAGAAUGUGACAAAGCUUUUAUUGAAAGAAARUCACUUACUCAACAUCAGAGUAUUCAUACYGGAMAUAAACCAUACAAAUGUGAAGAAUGUGACAAAGCUUUCAUUCAAAGAUCACACCUUGUUAGCCAYCAGAAAAUUCAUACUGGAGAGAAGCCUUAUAAAUGUGAAGAAUGUGGCAAAGCUUUUUAUCAAAAAUCAAACCUUUGUAGUCACCAGAGAAUUCAUACUGGAAAGAAACCCUACAAAUGUGAGGAAUGUGGCAAAGCUUUUUAUCAAAGAUCACACCUUGUUUACCACCAGAGAAUUCAUACUGGAGAGAAGCCAUACAAAUGUGAGGAAUGUGGCAAAGCUUUUUAUCGAAGAUCACAUGUUACUAGCCACCAAAGAGUACAUAAAGGAGGAAAGUCCUGCAAAUUGAAGAAUGUUGAAAAGCUUUAA